UCGGUUUCUAUUACAGGUCUUUGAUAACAGCGUACAGUGUCACAUUUUGCUGCUAAAGCGGAUCUCAGCGACAUUAAAAGUCAUCAUAAAGGACAAGUCUCAAUAACACCAAAAAGAAGAUGGCAGCAGCUGAAGGUGCUCCGGCAGUUCAGUGGCCUGCCAAGGGGACACGCAGGAGAAGCCUUAUAGAACCACCUACUAUGAGUACAUCGUUGAGGAUUAUCAUAUUUGGAAGCUCUGGUCAUCAGCAGUUCUCUCUCACCGAGUCGAUCCUGCAGCGAGCGGUGUUUACCGGCGCUGAUCCUCACACUAUACUGACCACUAAAACUUCAGGAGAGAUCCUUAACAAAAAAGUGACUCUGGUCAACACCCCAAAUCUCGUCGAUCACGAUUUAUUUCACUAUACGUUGAAAAAAGAGCUGAAGAAGGCGGUUUGUUUUUCCUGUCCAGGGCCACAUGCUGUCCUGUUCACACUAAAUCCAUCAGAAAUACCCUCAAAUGUGUACGACAUUUAUAAACCGUUAGUGCGCUACUUUGGAGAUCAAAUCUUGAAAUACACAAUGAUUGCUUUAUACCAUGAAGAAGAGGAGUUGCGUGAGUCAGAAGACAGUAUGAAGGAAAAUAAGCAGUUCAAAAAGCUUCUUGAGGACUGUGGCCAAAGACAUCUGGUCUUCAGUGGAAUGAAGAACAGGAGUGAGGGUGAAAUGACAAGGCAGCUGUUUGAGGAAAUAGAAAAGAUGGUGGCAGAACAUGGGAUUUUUUCUAAUUCGGAAUUUGAAGAUGCUGAUAAACGAAUCAGGAAAGAGGAAAAAAUCCUCCAAGAUCACAGAAAGAAGGAGGUCAGUGCAAUGCUGGAGGAACUGAAGAAGAAGCAUUCUCAGGAAGAUCUGGGAAGAGAAACUGAGCGUUAUGAAGAAAAGAUCAGGUUAGAGAACAGGGAAAAGGCAGAGAUGCAGAUUGCAGAGAGACUCGGCUUCACUCUCAGACUUGUGGAUUAUGCAGCGGCUGUAAGAAAAGGAGCAUUUGCAGGAGCAGUGUUAGCGGGGGCGAUGGGGUUUCCGGGUAUGGCCGUAGGAGCAGCGGUUGGUGCAGCACUCGGUUGUUUGUUAGGUGGUGCAGCUACAGCAGCUUGGAACAUUGUCUCUAAUGCUUUGGCAGAUUUCGAUAGACAUGCAGCUUAAACUCAAUUGUAGACAUUCACCUGUAGACAUCAGCGGGUUUAAUGGCUAAAUAAGGCAGGUCUAGUCUUGCAUAUAUAUUUUUAUAUAAUAUAACAUUAAGGUUGCAGAUGACCUUCAGUUCCUAAUCAAUUCUUUUUUUUAAGAUAAACUGGAAUAUUAAAUUAAAUUGUAGUAUUUAAAGAAUUUUGUUUUUUAAAAUUAUAUGCAGUAUUGUGCAACAGUCUUGGGCCAUACAGUGCCUUGCAAAAGUAUUCAUCCCCCUUGGCAUUUUUCAUGUUUUCUUACAUUAUAUCCUGUAAUUUAAAUGUUUUUUAAUCUGAAUUUUAUGUGAUGGAUCUGAACAAAAUAGUCUAAGUUGGUGAAGUGAAAUGAGAAAAAUAUAUAUAAAAAAGAAUUUAAAAAAAUUAAAAAUCUGAAAAUUGGCAUGUGCAUAUGUAUUCACCCCCUUUGCUAUGAAGCCCCUCAAAAGUUCUAGUGUAAUCAAUUACCUUCAGAAGUCACAUAAUUAGUUAAAUGAAGUCCACCUGUGUGCAAUCUAAGUGUCACAUGAUCUGUAAGUAUAAACACACCUUUUCUGAAAGGCCCCAGAGGCUGCAACACCACUAAGCAAGAGGCAUCACACCAUGAAGACCAAGGAGCGCUCCAAACAAGUCAGGGACAAAGUUGUUGAGAAGUACAAGUCAGGGUUGGGUUAUAAAAAAAUAUCCAAAUGUUUGAUGAUCCCCCGGAGCACCAUCAAUCCAUAAUCUUCAAAUGGAAAGAACAUGGUACCACAACAAACCUGCCAAGAGAGGGCCGCCCACCAAAAACUCACAGACCGGGCAAGGAGGACAUUAAUCAGAGAGGCAGCACAGCAAAGGUAACCCUGAAGGAGCUGCAGAGUUCCACAGCAGAGACUGGUGUAUCUGUGCAUGGGAUCACAAGAAGCCGUACACUCCAUAGAGCUGGGCUUUAUGGAAGAGUGGACAGAAAAAAGCCAUUACUUAGUGUUAAAAAUAAGAAGGCACGUUUUGAGUUUGCCGAAAGACAUGUGGGCGACUCCCCAAAUGUAUGGAGGAAGGUGUUCUGGUCAGAUGAGACUAAAGUUGAACUUUUUGGCAACCAAGGAAAACGCUAUGUCUGGCACAAACCCAACACAUCCCAUCACUCAUCACUAAACCACUCAUCCCUUGAGUGGUUUAAGGGGAGACAUUUAAAUGUGUUGGAAUGGCCUAGUCAAAGCCCAGACCUCAAUCCAAUUGAGAAUCUGUGAUCAGACUUGAAGAUUGCUGUUCACAAGUGGAAACCAUCCAUCAUGAAGGAGCUGGAGCAGUUUUGCCUUGAGGAAUGGGCAAAAAUCCCAGUGGCAAGAUGUGGCAAGCUCAUAGAGACUUAUCCAAAGCGACUUGCAGCUGUAAUUCCCGCAAAAGGUGGCUCUACAAAGUGCUGACUUUAGGGGGCUGAAUAGUUAUGCACGCUGAAGUUUUCUGGUACUUUGUCCUAUUUGUUGUUUGCUUCACAAUAAAAAAAAAUCGCAUCUUCAAAGUUGUAGGCAUGUUCUGUAAAUUAAAUGAUGCAAACCUUCA